GUGGAACCCUUUCAAAUGGACGUAUAUAUUGUAUAUUGGUGUUGAGAAUGGAUGAAUAACAUUUAAUAUUUGGUGGCAUAACCCUUACUUGCAAUAACUGCAUCAAGCCUGCGCCCCAUUGACUUCACCAGAUUGUUGCAUUCUUCAUUUGAAAUGUUUUUUCCAGACCUUUACUGCAGCCUCCUUCAGUUAUUGUUUGUUUCUGGGGCUUUCUCCCUUCGGUCUCCUCUUCAAGAAGGAAAAUGCAUACUCUAUUGGGUUAAGGUGUGGUGAUUUUUGGCCAUUCUAAGACCUUCCACUUUUUCCCGCUGAUGAAGUCCUUUGUUGUGUUGGCAGGGUGUUUUGGCUUAUUGUCAUGUUGCAUGAUGAAGCUUCUCCCGAUUAGCUUGGAUGCAUUUUUCUGUAAAUUGCCAGACAAAAUGGUUUUGCAGGUUUCAGAAUUCAUUCUGCUGCUACCAUCAUGAGUUACAUCAUCAUUAAAGACUAGUGAGCCUGUUCCAGAAGCAGACAUGCAAGCCCAAGCCAUGACAUUACCGCCACCAUGCUUCACAGAUGAGCUUGUGUUUUGGGAUCAUAAGCAGAUCCUUUCUUUCUCCAUCCUUUGGCCUUUUCAUCACUUUGGUAGAGGUUAAUCUUGGUUUCUUCUGUCAAUCAAAUUUUGUUCCAAAACAUUUGUGGCUCAUCUCUGAACUUCUUUGCAAAAUCCAAUCUGCCCUUCCGAUUCUUUUUGCUGAUGACUGGUUUGCAUCUUGUGGUAUGGCCUGUAUAUUUCUUCUCCCUAAGUCUUCUUAGAACAGUUGAUUAUGAUACCUUCACGCCUUCCCUGUGGAGGUUGGGAGUGAUGUCACUGCCUGUUGUCUUUGGGUGUUUGUUUCUUCAACUUCUGUUGAUACCCUUGGCCGACCUGUUUGAUGUCUGUUCCUCAGUACACCAGUAGUUUUUCUUUUUUUAGGACAUUCCAAAUUGUUGUAUUGGCCUAGGCCCAAUUUUUGUGCAAUAGCUCUGAUAGAUUUUCCCUCUUCUCUCAUCUUAAAAAAAAAUAAAUAAUGGUUUGCUUUUCUCCCAUAGACGGCUCUCUGGUCUUCAUGUUAAUUUAACAGCAAAGGCAGUUUUCACAGGUGAAAUAGAAACACCCAUCAGUCACAUGUUCCAAUACGAGAGCUCCGUGGCGCUGGAGAUGGCCGACGGAUCUGAACGUGGAGUUGGCGCCGCAGGCGGAGGAGAACUACAUCAUUUCCAGCAGUGAGCACCAGCUGCCACUCAGCAGUGAUUCUGACUCUUCACUUAACUUGGUAAGCGGGUCGCAAGUGGACCGUGUCGGAUCCAGAACCGGUGUGGGACAGAUUAAAGGUAGGAGUAUUCGGGGAAAGGACGACGAGCAGGACCCAGGCCGUAGCACAUGAUUCUGAGGCCAAAUGUUUUGCCACGUCGAGACGCUCCAAAAAAUAUCACGGUCUGUCUCCAUCAGCUGGACACUUUUGUCCCUGCAUUUAUGGACAUUGUCCAUAUCGAGGCAUCCAGACAUCACCCACACGUUUUGUCCCACCUGCCCACCUGCUGGGUAUGUGGUUGUUUGUAACCCGGGUUAACACCCACUUUUUUAAAUUUCUGCUGUCACUUCACAACGAGCAGUACGCUACGCCAUCAAUACCCAUACUUUUCAUCACACCCGCGAGGCGUAUGGUUGUUUCAACACCCACAAUUGUUCACGGUGAAAGGUUUGCCUACUUUUCCGAGCCACGAAAGGACGAGAACGAACUCUUCCCUCUGGUUCGGUGGUCCCGAAUGGAACACUCUUCUAUCUAGGGGGCAGUGGCGUACCUUUCCUCCAAAAGGAGGGAGGAAGAAGAAGCUACCGUCCGAGGCAUAGUUUGUCUCGGCGCGUCGCCAGGGAUGGGCCGCAGCGGGGAGCUGAGCGACUUCCAGAGGGGCACCGUGGUAGGAUGCCACAUGUGCAAAAAGUCCCUGCGUCAGAUCGCCACCCUGCUCAAACUGCCGCGCUCCACAGUCAACAACGUCAUCGUGCAAUGGAAGAGAGAGGGCAGGACAUGCCCGCUGCCCCGCUGCGGCCGGCCGCACAAGCUCAAGGAGGAGCACCGGCAGGUUCUGGAGCGGAUGGCCCAGGAGCAGACCUUCCCGUCCCUGCAGGCGCUCGCCGCCGAGUUCCGGCGGGCGUCCGGGGCCAACGUCAGCGCGGCCACCGUCAGAAGGGAGCUCCGGGAGAUGGGCCUCAACUGGCGGUCGUCCUCCGAAGGCAAAGCCAAAGAAAGGAAGAAAGCGCAGAAGACGGCAGAAGCCUCCACUGAGGACAGAACCAAGGUGGGCCGCCAAGACCAAAUGAACAUGUCCCAUCUGGACCUGCGGGUGGGCUGCAUAAUCAGGACCAUGGAGCUCCCCGGAACGGACGGCUUGUACUUGCAGCACGUGGAUGUUGGCGAGGCUCACCCGAGGACGGUGGUCAGCGAGUCUGUGCCCGUCAACCAGUUACAGAACUGCAUGGCCGUUCUGCUGUGUAAUCUCAAGCCCGUGCAGAUCCGAGGCGUGGCGUCCCAGGCAGUGGUCGUAUGCGUAAGGUCGCCGGGCAGCAUGGAGAUCCUCGCGCCACCCAAUGGAGCGGUACCUGGCGAUAGAGUCACGAUCCAUGGAUUUACAGGUGACCCGGACAAGGAGCUGGACUCGGCCAAAGUGUGCGAGCCCGUUUGCUCGGACCUCCGCACAGACGGCCAGUGCGUGGCCACCUACAAGGGCGUGCCCCUGGAGGUCGUGGGAAAGGGCGUGUGUCGAGCACCCACCUUGCGCGACUGUGGGGUCGUCCUGACUAACGGAGGAGCGGCGUGAAUGACAGCCGGAGACAUUUUUUAUCAAAUGUUAAACGUGGACAACAUUCCCACCAGAAGGAGACUGUUUUUGUACCGUCACUUUGAAAUCAUAUUGUUCUCAGCAGCUAUAUGUUUACGCACCAUAUUUUUUUUCAAUUAAAUUUACUGUAUUUACUCUUCUAAUAGACGCUGUGCCUCAAUUAAUUGCUAAAAAAUGAAUGCCUGCCUUGUUUCCCCUUGUGUAAAAUAAAUAAUAAAAUAAUGGUGUGCCAUUAGGUAAGUGUAAUUACCUUUACGACAGCCAAGGGGUGUGGUUCGAUAUGUAAUACGGUAACCAAAAUGAACAUUUGCUUGGUCUUAAAAGAAAAACCUUCCAAUGAAAUACCACCUCCUUGUCCCUCCUCUAAAAAAUAACUGCGUGCCAUUAGGUAACUACAACCCUAAUUCCAAUGAAGUUGGGGUGCCGUGUUAAACAAUAAAAACAGAAUACAAUGAUUUGCAAAUCAUGUUCAACCUAUAUUUAAUUGAAUACACUACAAAGACAAGAUAUUUAAUGUUCUGACUGAUAAACUUUAUUGUUUUUAGCAAAUAAUCUUAGAAUUUUAUGGCUGCAACACCUUCCCAAAAACCUGGGACAGUGUCAUGUUUACCACUGUGUUACAGCACCUUUUAACAACAUUCAAUAUAUGUUUGGGAACUGAGGACACUAAUGCCUGAAACUUUGUAGGUGGAAUUCUUUCCCAUUCUUGCUUGAUGUACAGGUUCAGCUGUUCAACCGUUGUCGUAUUUUACGCUUCAUAGUGCGCCACACAUUUUCAAUGGGAAACGCGUCUGGACCGCAGGCAGGCCAGUCUGGUACCUGCACUCUUUUACUACGAAGCCACGCUGUUGUAACACGUGCAGAAUGUGGUUUGGCAUUGUCUUGCUGAAAUAAGCAGGGGCGUCCAUGAAAAAGACGUUGCUUGGAUGGCAGCAUAUGUUUCUCCAAAGCCUGUAUGUACUUUUCCGCAUUAAUGGUGCCUUCACAGAUGUGUAAGUUACCCAUGCCAUUGGCACGAACACAGCCCCAUACCAUCACAGAUGCUAGCUUUUGAACUUUGCGCCCAUAACAGUACGGAUGCUUCUUUUGGCCCGGAGGACACAAUGUCCACAAUUUCCCAAAACAAUUUGAAAUGUGGAAUCGUCCGACCACAGAACACUUUCCCAUAGAAGCCGGCACUGUUUCUGCGUGCUGUUGAUAAAUGGCUUUUGCUUUGCAUAGUUGCACUUACGGAUGUAGCGCCGAACCUUAUUUACUGACAUUGGUUUUCUGAAGUGUUCCUGAGCCCAUGUGGUGAUAUCUUUUACACAUUGAUGUCGGUUUUUGAUGCAGUGCCGCCUGAGGAAUCGAAGGUCACGGGCAUUCAAUGUUGGUUUUUGGCCUUGUUGCUUUCAUGCAAUGAUUUCUCCAGAUUCUCUGAACCUUUUGAUGAUAAUAUGGACCGGAGAUGAUGAAAUCCCUAAAUUCCUUGCAAUUGUACAUUGAGGAACAUUGUCCUUAAACUGUUGGAUUAUUUUCUCACGCACUUGUUCACAAAGAGGUGAACCUCGCCCCAUCUUUGCUUGUGAAUGACUGAGCAAUUCAAGGAAGCUCCUUUCAUACCCAAUCAUGGCACCCACCUGUUCCCAAUUAGCCUGUUCACCUGUGGGAUGUUCCGAACAGGUGUUUGAUGAGCAUUCCUCAACUUUCUCAGUCUUUUUUGCCACCUGUCCCAGCUUUUUUGGAACGUGUUGCAGCCAUAAAAUUGUAAGUGAAUGAUUAUUUGCUAAAAACAAUAAAGUUGAUCAGUUUGGACAUCAAAUAUCUUGUCUUUGUAGUGUAUUCAAUUAAAUAUAUGUUGAACAUGAUUUGCAAAUCCUUGUAUUCUGUUUUUAUGUUUAACACAACGUCCCAACUUCACUGAAAUUGGGGUUGUAAUUACCUUUAUCCAGUCGACAGAAAGAAGAGUGUCUAGGUUCACCUUUGAAAAAAUCUAAUUGCCUUACUUCUAGUAAGGAGAUGCCUCCUUGUUCUUCCUUGUUUUAAACACAACAGGAAAUGCCAUGAGGUAACUAAUUACCUUAACUACAACCAAGCAGUACAGAUUAACCUUCACUACGGUAAACAAAAUACAAAUCUUUAUGGUAUGGUCUUAAUAUACAGUAAAUGCCUUACUUGGACCUUCCAAUAAAUAAACCCCUCCUUGUACUCUCAUCGAAAAGAAAACACAGGGUGCCAUUGGGUAACUGUACGCAAUAACCUUUAGCCAAUCAACGGAGAGGCGUGUUCACCCUUAAAAAACAGUGCAAAUAUAGACGACUUACUUCCAGUAAGUUCAUGGUUCCUUGUUGCCCCUUGUCUGAAAAAUAAGAUGGCAUUAGGUAACGGUACGUUAACAAAUGGCACAUUUGUGCCAUCUUUGGGCCGUGAGCGAAGAGCAAGUUUCAUUAUCAUCCUCAUCAUCUACAUUAUCAAAGGACGCACAAAUAGAAACUACACUCGUGACACAAGUAAUAAUUCUCUGUGGACCGAUCAACGGACUGUAAUGUAUCAAGCCCUACACUGUAAAAAAGCCUGACUAAAUGGCCUCUAUUUGAGGGGGAAAUACAGUACAAUUUACAGUGUGUGUCAUGUAUUGUCAUAAAUGCCGCUUUUGUAUCUUAUCCACUGGCAACAUUUUUGCUUUAUGAUUUGAAGGAUGUGUAGAGUAUAUGGAUUGAAUCAAAAAUAUGUAUUACCAUGUUGUUAGAUUGCAAAGAUUGAAACAAUUAUAUCGCUUGUUUCCAAAACCCUUUACAAAAAUACAUAAUGUCCACAGGUCAGGAGGACACAUGGGGAUAUGAGUGGUCAUUAAAAAAAAAAAAAUUCUUAAGAGAAUAAAUUUCAUAAAAUGUACUUUUUUUUUCAAUUGUAAGCAUCCAAUGUUAAUUCUUUGAGAUUAAUUCCUUGUGGAUGUGACGAAAAGCUUCAGCUUCAUCCUAAAGGAUUUCUUGACGAUCAAAACUUUGGUCAUACAAAGUUACUACUCAUGCAUUCCAGAUAGUCGCUUGCUUUUUUACUUAUUUGCUUUUUAAUUUUUUUUUAUAGAAUCACUUCCGUGUGCAGUAUAUUGGCCUGUGUAUUCUGUCAUGAAUAAAGUGAAUGGAAAAGAG